AUGCCAGACCGCUAUUAUUGUUUAACAAAUUCUUCCAGAAUAUCAAGUAUUAAUACACUUAUUUAAAGCCUUGACCUCAAUUAUGAUGACACUCAAAUAUGGUCAGAAAUUUUCUUGAUUUUAAUGUUGGCUAUGCAACUAUUAUACUUUCUUUGUUUUGUUCAUCUAUAUUGUUGCUAUAGAGUCAAGGUUUAGAAGCAGUUAUAAAGGAAACAUUACGAGCCAAUUCAAUAUAGGGAGUAACAAGUAGGAAUCUCCUUUACAUAGAAGGAAAUAUACAGUAUAAUUAACUUGAUUGGAGUUUCUGAAUUUUAUAUAACUUUUGGAACAAAAAUUUUUAAAUAUCUCUUUCAUUAUCCAAUAAUUCAAUUAGCGUUAAGAAAGAUAUUAACUCUACAAAUCUAAUGUAAUUAUUUAAACUCAAUAUAGAUUCUAAUUUAAAUACUUAUUAAAUUUUGGUAUUAAUCAUCACUUAUAUAGUAUUCAUACUAAAUAUCUUCUGUUAUUUCUUGAAUGAGGCUCAUGAUGUCUAAUUUUCAUUUAAAAAGAUCGAUUAUUUAUCUCGCUUUUAUUCUAAUAUGACAAAGAUAUAAUCUUUAAAAAUAGAAAUACUGAUUAUUAUAGUUUCCAUCUUAGAUAAUUUAGAGAUUGAUAAAAUAGCGCUCCUAUUAGUUGAACUAAGUUUACUAAUUUUAAUAAUAGCCAUAUCAUAUAGACAUCCAUAUUAUUAAGAGAAAUUGAUGAAUAAAAUUUAAAUAUAAUCUUUUUCACUCUACUUAUGCAUAAUUUUGUGUAUUUUCAUUUUUGCAGAAGGACUUAAUUAAGAUUUUUCAGAAUUGAUACUAAUUCUAAUACCAUUAGUAUUUGAAAUCUCUAAUCUGAUGUAUAUACAACAGGAGAAUAAAUCAGAGAUUCUGAGUUAUGAAAAUAGAAAUUUUGAUUAUUUGAUGAUGAAUAUAUACAACCAAUGCGAGGAAUCUCUUGGUAGAAAUGGGAUAUUGUUGAAUGAAAUCAAAUAUCGAUUACCAAAGAACUUAAACCUUUAUGCCCUCUCUACUAAUCAUAUAAUAAAUUGUCAAAAUGGAAAUGGUUGUUUUUGCAGCUGUUAUAAAAAACAAAAUGAUCAUUUCAUCACUCGAUAAUAAUUCAAAUAUUAUAUCAAAGAGCUGAUAAGGUUUCAUUAUGAAUUAAAAUUGUUGUGUUUGAAUAAAAACAAUUCUAAGAAAUAUGCCAAAAGCUACUUUUAUUAUAUCCUUUAUUUAUCAAAAGUUAUUAAAAAGCCUACAAAAGCAUUUCAUGAGAUAAUCAAGUUAAAAAACAAUAUGUAUACAGGUUUGAAUCUUUUGGAUUAAAUGUUCACUAAUUCAGUCGAAUUGCUUGUCAAAGGUGAUUUUCUAAGGAUGAUUGAGAACAAAAGUAUUACCAAUCAAAAAUAUGAUUGUUUUAAAGUGUUUAAUUACAAUAAAUCAAUAAAUGAAUGGAAAGAAUAAUUUGGUGUUGUGUUAUAAAAGUAAAAAUAAUGGUAUGUGACCCUAUUAAAUAGGAAUCUUACAUAACUAAUAGUUGAUGGUAUGCAUUUGCAAAAUCUAAUUACAACUUAAGAAGAACAACUUAAAUAUAUAUUUAAUUUAAAUCCAAUAUCCUAUUAGUGUCACAUCUUGAUUCAUUUAUUCUACAAAUACAUAAAUUUCAACAAAAAGAAAAUUGAAAUUCCUGCAAUAGAUUCCUCCUUGUCCUUUAAAUUUUAAAACUCUAUUAAUGGAAUUCUAUUUCAUAGAGAGGCUUCUCUUGUCUAUUUAACAUUGUUAGAUACCAAAGGAAUCAUUAAAAACUACACAAAAACAUUUAGAGAUGCUCUAUGUACAAUAGAUAGUGAAAUAAUGAAUAGUUCCAUUAAUAAUUUCAUUCCAGACAUCAUAGCAGAGGUGCACGAUCAAUAUUUAGACAAUUUUGUAGAAAGUGGAAGGAUCAAUAUUAUGAAAUCAGAUAGAAGAUUUUUACUGGUGAAAAAUAAAUUAGGGUUUAUAUUUCCUAUAAUAGCCAAGGUGAGAUUGGAGACAGAUUUAGGAUCAGAUUUUGGGUCUUCUGCUCUUAUUCUACCUACCUAUCAAAAUUAUCAUUACAUUAUGUUGAAUAAGUAUGGUUUAGUGGAAGAGAUCAGUGAAAAAUUAUACAAUGAAAUUAUCUUACCUAUAUUAUGCAUAGAUAUAAAAUCUAUUAAAUCUUUGGAUUGUCUCAAACUCAUACCGAAAUUAAUUAAAACUUGGAAACAACUCAAUCAAACAGAUAUUUUAGAAUAAGAACUCAAGAAUCCCUAUCAAUCUUAUAUGGUCAUUCCAAAGAAAAAAAAGAAAUAGAAAAUACUUUUGUCAUCUUGGGGGAAGGAGAAGACAACCAUUUAUGAGUUCUUAAAAGCCUAGGAUCAAGUUAACCAAAACUACUUUGACAAUUUUAAUUAGAUGUAUAUGUUUAGAAUUACAUUCAAAAUAGUUGAGUUUCACACAUUUUAGGAAACGUAUCUAUAAUAUAUAUCAUCAUUUUAGUAUUUAUUGUAUCGAAAUUCAAACUAUUAAACCUGUUCGUGAAUCACAAAGAAUCGAAAUAUUUGAGAAAUUAAUAGAAAAGUCAGAUUACAUAAAUUUGAGUAGAAAAAUAACUAAAUUAAGUCCAGAUAGAUUGGAAAUUAAAAAGAAGAAAUGUAAGAAGUUGGAAAUCACUAAUUAAAAGGAAUCAUUAGGUUUCAUAUCUUUUUAACAAGAACAACAAACAAUUUAUAAUUUGGAAACUUAAAAAUUAAUUGAAGAUGACUAUAUGAUAAGACAGAAGGAAAUGUAGAUUAUGUUAACCAAUCCUCAUUACACUUUAGAAGUAAAUCAUGAAUUAAUAUAAGAUAGAGGAAUACUAAAAUUAAUUCAGUCACACAAACAGUCAAGAUAAGAGACUAUAGGAUUAGUAGACAUUUAGGAUGAAAUCUUCAGCAGCACAUAGCUUUGGUGCUUUGAAUCAUUUUGCCAGCAGUAACUCUAAUGGGAUUAGUUAAGCUUUUGGAUCUGAUCAGAAUAAACUUAUUGUACAUUCUAGUGCAAUAUUAGAAGCAUUAAAUGAAAAUAAAGAAUCAAUCAAAUCCAAGAAUUCUGAUGAACUCGUUGGAUCUAUUGAUAAUUUUCUAUUUGAUUAAGAUUAAAUGAAUUCCAUAUCUUCAUCAUAAAUCAGCGAUAUCAAAAUCAAGAAAACUUAAUUGAAACAUAACUUAUUUGAUGAAUAAACUAAACAACAUUGGACGAUACGCAUACUUAAUUUAAUUACCUUUAUUCUGCUUGUGAUCUUCAACAUAUACUAUUAUUAUGUUUUGAAUUAAGAAAAUAGGGUAAGAUAAAUAGGCCAUAUAUUUUAGAUCAUUGAAUAGGCUCUUGAAACAUAUAAAGUAUCCAACAAUUUCUAAGUGUAGAUUAACAAAUUCAUACUUACUUUCAAUUAUUCCAAUACAAAUAAAUUCAACUAUACUCUAUAUAUGAAAUUUUGUGCCAGUCGAUUUCAGAAUGACAUAUCUAAAUUCUAAUACUAUUCACUUAAUAUUGAAUAGAAUGCAAGUAAUUAAUAUUUAUAAUAGUUAGUACCAUAUCUCCAGAUUAGUGAAUUCGAAAAUAUAACAAACAUCAAUUUGUUUUAUUCAUUGGGAUACUUCUCUUAAUAUUUACUCUCCGAAUCAGAUUCCUCAAAUUAAGAAUACUAUUUAGAAUUUAUAGCCAGAAAUUUCAUAACCAUAAUUUCCUCGAAUUCUGCAUUAAAUUCAACUGUCAUUGAUGAUGGUUUAGAUUAAUUUAUGAAAGCACAAUAAUCAACAAAAAUAUCCUUUUAUCUGACAUUGAUAUCCCUUUGUUUGGCAUUUAUAUUUUACUUACUCCUCUUAAUCAAUAUAAACAAAGCGAAAUUGAAGAUAGUGGAAUUAUUUAAUACCAUUUCGAAGGGUCAUAUAAACUCUUUAGUAGAACAGAUUUCUACAGUUGGAAAAUUCCUGGAGAAAAUUGACUUUAUAAAUGAAGAAACUACUGAACAUCAAUUAGAUCAAAUAAAGUCGAAGAUUGCAUCUACUCCAGGAAUUAGAAUUAAAACUCCUCUAAGAAGAUAAUCGAUAAAAGUCAAAUUCAAUAAAUCCAAAGAAAACAGUAAAAGUAUUUUUUUAUUUUAGAUUCUAGCUGCUUUUACUUAUAUCAUUUAUUCAGCACUAUUAUUGAUAAGCUAUUUUAUUAUUUCUUCGUAGUAUAUUGGUUCUCUAAUCUAUUAAAAUUCAUUUGAAGAGUAAGCAAUGUAUUCUUUCGAGUAAUUACUUCUCUAUAAGUCAUCACAAUCAUAUUUAUUGUAACAGAAGAGCUUUUAGAAACUAUUAAUUAAAUACUUGCAAGUAGGAUAAGAGGAGAUGCUUUUUCUAAAUCAAUGUAAAUUUAUUUAUGUUAUCAGUAGUGGAAGAAGCAUUAAAGUAUAUGGAAGAACAAUUUGAUAUUUUUUAAGGAUUUGUCUAAAGAUUGAAUAAUUAAAAAUCCUUUUCAAAUUCAAUCUUUACAAAUGCCAUUAAGACUAAUGGCUGUUAAGCCUUUGAGCUCACUAUAGCAAAUACAGUUGAAGAUAGCUAAUUCUAUAAUGAGGAGAUUUGUAAAAGCUUUGAUAGUCUGACUUCAGGAUUAACAAUUUCAUUAGUUGCCAUCUAACAAAACAUUUAACAAUUUUACACAAUGCACAAGUUAAAUGAGAAUUAAUUUAAGUCAUAUUUGGCAUAUAUGGAUGUUAAUUCAACUUUAGAAAAUGAUAUUAUUAAUGUACUUUACACAUCUCAUGUUCUAACUCUGCUACAUGAUUUCAUGGCUAAUUAAUAGUAAUAAGAAAUAUCUUUGAAUUAUCUAGUGCACACUCUCAGAUUCAUUUAUGGGAUUAUACUUUAUCUAAUUUUGAUUAUAAUAAGUGACAAAAAUAUAAGAAGGUACUUACACAAAGAAUUAAUAAAAACUAAACAAUUAUUUUUAUUGAUACCUUUGGAAAUUUUGUGUGAGAAUUCAAAUGUAUUGUAGUAGUUAAUAAUAAGAAAUCAAAAAUGA